AUGUUUCACUUUCAAUAUCAUGUCUUGUUAUUGCACUGCUUUACUAUUGUAAGAGGACAAACGACCGGUUUUCAAUUACAACCAACUGAAGUUGGAUGUGUAUCAGAUGAUGGUCGAGUUAUUCCUGUUAGCAACAAAGAAUAUACGUCUCCCACUAAUGUUUGUGAUUUAUGUCGAUGUGAAAGCGAUCAAGCUUUUGUAUGCGAUAGUCGUUGUGACGUUAUUGUUGAUUCAAGCAGUUGUGAAGAAUCUGAAAUGAUUGAAAACAAUGAUCCCAUUUGUCCAUGUCUUGUAUGUCCUGAUCAGAAGGAUUAUUGGAAACAACGGUGGGAGAAUUUGACAUCAAUUCAUGAUGAAGCAAGUAUUUUCGCCACUACCAGUACUGAUACAAUGCAGCCUACCACUGAAGUAGAGUCUACGACAGAACCAUUAACGACUGCAACAAGUUCACGCUUAACAACUAGUCCUACGACAACUACCACAACCAGCACUACAACUACAACGCCUACAACAACCACAACCAGCACGACGACUACAACCACAACCAGCACUACAACUACAACACCUACCACAACCAGCACUACAACUACAACCACAACUAGCACGACGACUACAACUACAACCAGCACUAUAACUACAACUACAACCAGCACGACGACUACAACCACAACCAGCACUACAACUACAACAUCUACCACAACCAGCACUACAACUACAACACCUACCACAACCAGCACUACAACUACAACCACAACCAGCACGACGACUACAACCACAACCAGCACUACAACUACAACUACAACCAGCACGACGACUACAACCACAACCAGCACUACAACUACAACAUCUACCACAACCAGCACUACAACUACAACACCUACCACAACCAGCACUACAACUACAAUCACAACCAGCACGACGACUACAACUCCUACAACAACUACAACCAGCACUACAACUACAACUCCUACAACAACCACAACCAGCACGACGACUACAACUCGUACAACAACCACAACCAGCACUACAACUACAACACCUACCACAACCAGCACUACAACUACAACAACAACCACAACCAGCACGACGACUAAAACUCCUACAACAACCACAGCCAGCACUACGACUACAACUCCUACAACAACCACAACCAGCACUACGACUACAACUCCUACAACAACCACAACCAGCACUACGACUACAACUCCUACAACAACCAGCACUACAACUACAACUCCCACAACAACCACAGCCAGAAUUACUACUAGAAGAACCAGAACUACUAGCAUUACUACUAGAAAAACCACUACCACUACAAUAACAACAACAACUACUACUACAACGACAGUGACGACGGCUGUCUAUUGGAUUUCAGGACCGAAAGGUUUAUCCGGUGUUGAUGGUAUACCAGGCCUUCCUGGUCCACCAGGUCCUGUAGGAUUAAUCCAAGAUACAGAUGAUAUGGGAAGCACGGAAGCCCUCGCAAGACAUCGUGAAGAAGACAUUCGUACUAUGAUUCAACGUCAUUUACUCACGCAUGUCUAUAAUCCAUCACAAUUUUUCAGAGGUCGACCACCAUUAGUUUCUUCUGCACCUUAUAUUCCAUAUGCUCAAUUAUCAGCAGGAAUACCUGGACAGCGUAAGCAAAUACUUGAAAGAGUUGUAUAA